AUGUCUGACGAAGAAAUUGAAAAUGCUAUUGAUACUUACUUCGGAAACAAAGAUGUAGCAGAUAUACAAAGCGUUAACGAUUUCAUUAAUCAGUUUAUGUACUCACAAGAAGGUUUUUUAUGGUCGAUCUCAAAUUUUGGAAAAUUUAAGAAGGAAAAUUCAUACACUUUCGCUAUCACUGUUAUAGAAACAUGGAUUAAGAAUCAACCAGAUGAUGUUGAGCCGCAUUUAAAAGAAAUUUUUGAUAUUUUAUUUGAAAUUGCACCGAAAAUCCUUACUAAUCCCUCGAAAGUCAUUUUAUCACGAUUAUCAAAAGCAUACGUCACAUUUUUCUUAUAUACUUUCAAAGAAAAAUGUCAAGAUAUCAUUUCGAGCUUAGUUCAACUUCCUUCAGUAUUAUUCUACUCAUUCUUUGCCGAAUUAACAAAUUACAUUCAUGAGCACGAAGAAGUGACCGAUAUUAACGCGUAUUUCGACUCAAAUGAUUAUUUAAAUUCAAUUGUAUCAAUGUUAGAGAAAAACAUUUUGAACGAAGAUCAGAAUGCAUUAUUACCCCUUUCCUUUGCACUCAGAUGGGAAAAUUCACACAUUUCUGAUCAAAAUUGUUAUUUAUAUUUAACAACAAACAUUUUAAACAUAGAAGACAAAGAGUCAUGUCUUCUCGUCAUCACUGCAUUCAUUGAUACACUUUCAACUGAUGAAAUCUGUCAAUUUUUGGCACAAUAUAAUUUAUCUUCAAUUUUCAAUGAAAUUAUCACUCCAGAGACAACGCAAAAUGUUCUUUCAGCCAUAGGAUCAUUGGUAUCAACAAUAGGAUCCAAAAUAAUACCAAGUCCCCAGCAAAAUUCAUCAUUUUUCUCAAAUUCAUCAUAUAUUCAACAUGAAGUCACAAUUCCUGAUGAAGUGACACCAUUAAUAGACAUUGCACAGAUGAUUUUCGAGUCCAAAUACGACGAUGCUUCAGAAUCAGUGAUAAAAUUUUUAAAUUUGAUCUGCAUCGACCAAGAUUAUGCUCAGAGAUUUCUAGGAAUAGUAUUCAACAGGUUGAAGCUUGAUUGCAGCCAAAGAGAGACAGAUACAAGCUUCACAAACGUAUUAUUGAAAUUUUUAGUAGAUAUUUGCAGAAUAGUCAAAGGGGAGACGACAAAUGCCUUCAUAAAGGAACUCUACAACAAUGUUCCAUCAGAUGAAACAGUUUUUCCGUAUGUUUCCGCGUAUUUCAAGUUAUUGAACUCAUUGCAUGAGAAUUUCAUAACGAUUGAUUCGAUAGAGAGUUAUCUAGACUCAUUUUCGCAGAUUCUAGAGCAAAAACCACCUCUAAAUGAAGCACAAUUGAAUUGUUUGCUUUCAUUUUCGAUGUUUUUCAAAUCUCUGUCGAUUUAUUUCUCCGAUAAAGUUAAACAAGCUGUAAUAGAUGCUCUUCUUGCUCAAGUAAGCGGUGCACAGACUGAUAUCGUCAUUGAUUUGCUUUCUAAGCUGUUAAAUGACAUGUUAUCGAACUCCGAGAUAAAAGGAAGUAUCACGAUAUCAAAUGAUGACUUGGUGACCUUAACACAGUCCAUGAACGAGAACUUUGUCUCUAUUGUUUAUAGUUCCAUAGGAACCGCUGAAGAGAAAUCACAAUUUUCUGAAGUUUACAAUGCUUCCCUUGACAGUUUCAUUGAAAAAAUAAAUUCAAGUGAAGAAAAUGAAAUUGUACCAGUUUUGAACAUGAUGAUGAAGUUUAUGAAGGAAUGUGGUUACGAUGAUUCAUUUUCCGAAGCUGCUACAAAUGGAUUAUCAAGAAUCAUCCAAAUUGUAGAAGAAAAUGACUAUUUAUUAAGUGUAGCAUACGAAACAGUCAUUUAUUGCCUCCGUGAUACAAGAGAAUCAGUAUUAAGUCUAGUAUCUCCAUCUGGACCGGAAUCUUGUUCGAAACUAUGCAUGGCAAGCUCCAAAUAUUGCUCACAGGAAUUAAUAUCAUCAGUUAUCCCUAUUUCCAUUCAAUUUUUGGUUGAUGAAUCAAAUCAAAUUUCAAAUUGGUCAGAAAACAGCGAACAAGUCAGGAUUGCACUAGAUUUACACAAGAACUUCUUUAUCCUUGCUUCAGUUCUGCAAAAUGACAGUCCUUUGAUGGAAAAUAUUAUUAAUUUCGCUUUGACUGUUUCUGACAAGCUAGAAUCACCUACACCAUUACAGGAUGUCUUGAAAUUCUUUAAUAAACAGGGAUUGGCAUAUUUAGACGUAAGAUUUGUAAAUUAUGCAAUGAAUUUCCCUGCUGCAAGGAAUUUCUCGACAUAUCAUCAAUGGAGACUGCUAAUUAGAGUUGCUUUCGAGUUUCUGAAGAAGGUUUUCCGUGAAAGAAAUGAUUUAUUCAACGAAUCAUUGGAAACACUCGGAGAAAACAAACUUUUAAUGUUUAAAGCAAUAAGCGAGUCCGAAUCAGACAAUACAGAACUAUUUGAGCAAGUUUGUAAGGAUAUUCACUCAAUAAGUUGCAUAUAA